AUGUCUAAAAUAAUAGAAAAUGAGUAUUAUUGUAUUUAAGAACAUAAACUGCCUAUAAUUGCUGUACUUUAAGAUCCAAAACUUUCUAUUCGGGAAAGACUUGUGUGUUCAUAAUGCAUGGAAAAUCUAGAAACUGACACUCAGACUGUAGGAUGGAAAAAAGUUAAAGAAUAGAUUUAAUCUCAAAUACAACAAAAAUAAUAAAUUAAUAACAGAUUUAAGAAUCAUCUAUUAUUGUAAUUAAAACAACUUUAAACUCAAAUUGAGGAAUUAGGUAAUACAAUUAAUAAUGAAAUAUAAAAUUUAUUAAAAAUAAUUGAUUAAUGGAAAUAAUAAUCUUAAGUAGAGUUUCGAGAACAAAGCAGUUAAUUUUGGGAUGAAUUAGAUUAAUAUUUUAAAAAUUAAUAAUAGAAUUUCAAUUUAGAAAAUUAAUAAUUAUAAGAAUGGAAGAAACUCAAUUCAAUUUAAAUUUAAACAGUUUAAUCUAAAUUAAAAUACUUUAAAGAAUUUGAAGUACAUAAAAUAUGUUAGAAUAUAUUAACUGAAAUUGAACUUAACUUUUAAUUUGUUUAGUUAAAACCUAAAUUAUCAUUACCUUUAAUAAAAAUAGAUUAAAAAAAGACUGGAGAUCCGUAAUAUAAAUAUUAUCAAUAAAAAAUGCCUAAUUAAAAAUAUAAAAAUAUUAUAUUUAUUGGAGAAAAAGAAGUAGGAAAGACAACAUUAAUAAACGCAUUUGUUAAUUAUUAUUUUGGAAUUACAUGGGAAGAUAAUUUUAGAUUAAUUGUAGCUGAUUAAUUAUCAACUGAAGAAAUUUUACAUUAUUAUGUUGAACCUCAUAAUUAAAGAGAUUAUGGUAUACAUUUUAUUGAUACACCUGGAAUUUAUGGAAAAAACGAUUAUUAGACUAUUCAGAAAAUAUCUCAGUUUAUUUACGAAAAUAUUUUAUAAAUUGAUAUCAUAAUGAUAUGCAUUAAAGCAACACGUACUCGAUUAACCACAGAAACAUAGUAAAUAUUAUAGUCUAUUGUUAAAAUUUUAAAUCAGGAAUAUGCAAAAAAAAUAAUUGUUGCUCGAACAUUUUAUUCAGGAGCAGAUGAUGCUGAUAAAUCGAUAAUAACAGAUUAAUAAAGCCCAUUUUUUUAAAUUUCAUAAUAUUUAUCAUAGAAUUGGCAUUUUGAAUUUAAUGGCCAGAGUAUAGUUAAAAAAACAUCAUAUAAUAGUGCAAAAGUUUAUUUUGAUAGCAGCAUCAAAAAUUUCUAACAAAUUGAAAAAGAAUAAUUAUUUACAAAUGAUUCAAAAAAUGAACCACUUAAAGUUCCUAAUUAAUUAUACAAUUCUUAAUUAUAAAGACCAGUCGUAACAGAUUUAUAGAAGCCAUCUAACCCAGUUCAAGAAGAAGAUUAUGCAAAAAUAAUUGAAGAUAGUUAUAAUUAACUCAAAUAAUUACUAAUCUAGACUUUUAAUGUCUAUUACUAUACUAAAUAUCCUGUUAAAUAUAAUCAGUAUAAUCAAUAUAAUUAAUUAUAUAAAGUGGUGAAUUAAGUUACUACGUUUUAAAUAAAUUGUAAAUAAUGUUCAAUAACCUGUUAUGUUGGAUUUAAAAGUGAGAAUAAUGCAAAAGAUUUCUUUAAUAAUUUUUUAAAUCAAUAGUGUUACUGUGGAUGUAAUUUUAAUAACAAUUUAAUUAUAAAUUAAUAAUUGUGGACUUAUUAGAAAGGAUAAGCAUAAACAAAUAAUGAUUUAAAUAGAAUAUAUAAUUCGACGUAAGCCAUAUUUCAUUUUCUAUUUGACCUAUAUAAAUUAAAAACAUAGAAUUAUAAAAUUAAUGUAAUGUAAUUCUUUGAUGUUUUAAAAUCUGAAGAUAAUACUAUUAAUCAAGGAGAGAUGUAAAUUAACCUUACAAAUACACAGAUUAAUAACUCCAAUCAAUUCUAAAUAACUAAAAAAUGA